GCAGAUAUCUAUUCUGCCGCCAGCUAAAGACUGGCGGGCUUUGUAUCGAAUGUACUGGAAAGCUGACCCAACUCGUCAUCUAUUCAAGCCGAUUUGUGAAUGGACACCACAGGAAAGAAAGAAAAGCGGAUCCCUUCCCAGUCGCCUCAGUGUUGCAAAGCUGAUAGCGGAAGAUGUUGUUGAUUUUGCUUUUCAAAAGAGAAUUCCGACUCCAAGGGACGCCUCAGAGGCCACAUUAUCGAUGUAUGCAGCUUACUACGUCGAUAAUUGGAUGAAAAAUGCAGCGAAUACCAACCUGAAUGCGCUCACUGUCGACAAGCUGGCACGAUAUAUCAGACUUGAUAAGAAAAGCCGACUCGUGAAAGCUCAGCAUGCUUACAUGAACAGAUACAGCUAGUAUAAAAAGAUAGUAUUGCGAGUCUUGUUUUAGUAUAUUGUGUAUUGUUAUAGUA